AGAAUAAGCCGAGACUCCUCUUCAAACAGCCCGCAUCUCUGAAAAGUCCAAACAAGCCCAUUCCUACCAUAAAACCUCAGUUCUACAAAACCACUCCAUUACCCCAGCUGCCGAAGCCGCCGCCACCACACCAUCACCUCCUGCAGCCUCCUCAACCGGCGUCCCUGCAUCCCCAGCUGACGCCACAACACGUCAGUCACCAGUGACUCGGUUCGAGGAUGACUUCAGGGCUCUAAUUCGAUUUGAGAGGCUGCAUUUAGAAAUCUGAUUCUUCAAUCAUGUUUAUGACAAGAUUUAUUGGGAGGACACUCCUUGCUGCUGCUAAAUCUGAAACUCAUGCUGCCUCUGCCGCUGCUGCUACAGCUACAUCUGGACAUAACCCACUUGAGGAAUUCUUUGAGGCUGAUAGGAGCCAGGAUGAGGACAAACCAAUUGUUUAUGGGCGAAGUUGGAAAGCUUCUGAACUGCGUCUGAAGUCUUGGGAUGAUCUUCAAAAGUUAUGGUAUGUCCUGUUAAAGGAGAAAAACAUGCUGAUGACUCAACGGCAGAUGCUUCAUGCCCAGAACUUUCGAUUUCCCAAUCCAGAGCGCUUACCCAAGGUGAGGAAGUCAAUGUGCCGUAUCAAACAUGUACUCACGGAGAGAGCCAUAGAAGAGCCAGAUUCCAGGAGGUCUGCUGAGAUGAAGAGGAUGAUAAAUGCUUUGUGAUAAUAUCCAACUCGUUAUUCUGUUCCCCGGGGCACUGGAUGAAGUCUAUUUGAGGGACGCGACAUUGCUAUAUUUUUCCUGGUGUUAGGCUUACAUCCCUUCUGUUAAUUGGCCUAUUUGUCUUAUCAGCACAUGGAAAUCUUUGUUUCUAUGAGAAAGUACAGCAGGAGGCAAGGACACCAAACACGUAAUUAGGACUGCUAAUUAUGGUGUUUUUUUGUGGAACAUUUGUAAGCGUCUCCAGUAUUCAUAAAUUACUUCGUGUUUAAGAAAGGAUGCCGAACGUUGCUCUGUU